CGAUUACACGAUUCCGCAGCUCGGAGUUACUGCAACAUGGUGGUGGAAGAGUUGUGAAUUGUUUGUCGUUUGUCCAGCGUGUUUCUUAGAAAAAAAAGACCUGUUGUUUGCCGGGGGUAGAACGAUCGAAUGAGAUGUCCUGGUCGCUGGUGAAAAGAGGGAUAGAACUCUUCGACGACGAUGAAUUGACGGCUGGAAGUGGAAGCCUGAAGAACAAGAUUGACCAGAGCAAAACAGACCCGACAGUCAGUACUCAUCGUCACGGCAUCCAUAGAGCAGCAAAACACAAGAAAAGAAUUCAGUUAGAAAAGAAAGCUUUCCAUAGUCAGCUUGUGGAGAAGAAGGUUCGAAAUGCCUUGAAGCAAUACGAAAAUAGUCGCCCUGUAGACUGCACAAAAAAGAACAUCAAGCUGCUGAAAAAACUGGAUGAGAAAGUUACUAAAGCACAUGCUGAAAAGAUCACCAACCACCAUGAGAAGAACCUGAAAGAGAGAAUCACCAAGUCUGAAUGGUCAGAAAGGCAAAAGAAGAAGGAUAAGGAUGCCGGUUCGUCAGUGUUCACAGACGAAGAUUUUAAGAAGAUGAAUGACGUCUGGCUUCGUCUGAAUAAUUGAUGAAUGGAACCACUGAAGGCUUAGUGUCGCCCCCUUCAAGAAAAUCAGACAUUUCCUUUUAGGAGUUAAAUGUGCCAUCCUUGAACAAGGAAUUCCAUUGGUGUAAAUGAGUGGAAAAAGUAUAUGUUAAAGCUAUAAACUCUGCUUCUCACUGGUUCCCUAUAUGAAAUUCUUACCCAUAGUGUACCGAUAGUAACUAUGUAUGGCCAUGACCGAGUAAUAGGCAAAUGCGUGCUGAGCGUCACUGGAGUCGCUCUUUUGUACUACCUAACUUGGGUUGUUUGUUUGCCUUUUGCAGAUGAUGAUAGUUCUAUUAGGCUCCUGUUUCCUGACCCAUUAGUUGCUCUGAUUGUGCCUACCAUUGUUUUUGUGUUCCUUAUCACACUUACAGGUUUUUACAUAGGCCAUUCCCUUUACGUUGAUUAUACGACUACAAGUAUAAGCAGUUGAUGACUGAAUUAAAGUUUUGUUCAUGAGGAACUGCUUGGCUUUGCUGCAUUUAUUGAUGAGUUUUUGUUAUUCUGUGCUAGCUGAAAUUCUUUCCCAGUAUUGCUUUGACGAAAAUGUGUGCAUUGGAGUCAGCAAGCACACUUUUUGAAAAAUUUUUUUAUGCUUUCACAAACAGCUGUGACAUGUGUGUUAAACAUUAUUGAAAAUCAAGAUUCCUGUUUUGCCAUCGCAAAGGUGUUUUAUUUUGCUGGACAUAGCGUUUGCGUAAAUAUUUUCAUUGUUAAAUAGAAUGACGUGUAUUCUUUAUUAUUAGUAGUAGGCUUUGCAUAAAAAUAUUCUGCUGAUGUAACAAAGCAUUGUAAGUAUUAUCUUUGAGUGUGAGUUGAACAGUAUUAAUAACCUUCCCUCCAUUUCACGAAUUGCUUGUGUGAUGAUAUUGACAUAUUUGUGACAGCAGUUUUGUGUAAGUGAAUGUUAGUGUUAAAUCCACAACUGCUUAGUGCUACAUUACUCAUCAAGUGUGCUAACACCGUUGAAGUGUGUUAAUACUAAGGUCUUAACGUCAUUCACCAUGGCAGAGUGGCUUGUAGUAGCCAUAUCAGGUGUCACAAAUGGUGGGAAAUCUACCGUGACGAGGCAGCUUCUUGAAGGGCUCCCAAGUUCUACCCAGUUGUUAUGUCAGGAUGAUUAUUUCUAUCCUGAGGAUUCUUCAUGUCACAUUCCUUGUCCAGGAGGCUUGAAACACCAUAACUGGGAUGUCAUUACAGCCUUGGAUAUGGAAAAGAUGAAAUUAGAUGUUAGGAAUAUCAUAAAUUCUUCCCCUAUUAAAGAGGAGGGGGAAGAUUCAUUGCAUGCAUCUACACGUGACAGCAAUUCUUCCAUCCAGACGUAUCGUCCCGUACUUCUCCUUGAUGGGUUUUUGAUAUAUGAUGAUUCUGAAUUGACAGCCAUGUGUGACCUCCGGUACUUCUUCACUCUGAGCAGAGAGCAGUGCUGGGAACGGAGGAAGAAGAGAGACUAUGAACCCCCAGAUCCUCCAGGUUAUUUCGAUGCUUGUGUCUGGCCUAUGUAUGAAGAGCAUCUCGAUAGAGUGAGGAAAAAUGUUCGCGAUGUCAUAUUCUUGGAUGGUACAGAAAACCACUUUGAAAUUAUAUACCAGCAAGUCCUUGAGUUGACCAAAGUAAAUCCCAAUUGUAAACAGCUUAACUGAAUUUUUUUUAUUCAGAUAAGUGUAUACGAUAAGGUGCAUUACUCUGUGCAUCUUGGUUUCUUGAUAUUGUAUGAGGAAAGGUGCUUUUUAUGAAACAAAGAAAUUUGUUAAUGAGAUCUUUUAGGUACAGUACUCUUGUGUUAUAAUCAGUUUUAUUGGAAAGGAAUGUUAGGUAAGCCAGAAUAGUAUUAACUUACUUAAAAAGUAAGCCCGAACAGAAUUGACUGACUUAACACUAAAUGGUAUAGUUGUACGGGUGUGGGAUGUUAAGUUUUUUCUUUUCUUUCUAGUGGACCAAGUCACUUGGCAUUCUUUUAAAGUAUAGGGGAUUCAAAGGUGUGAACAUGAUGUAUACUCUUAUGUGCAGUUUGAUUUCAGAUAUAUCUGGGUAAGAUGUGGUUAUAUAUGGAAGUCUCUUUGCCUGGUUUUCUGGUGUUUCUUUACUGAUGAUUUAGACUUACAGGUAUGACAGGAUUAGGGUUAUUGUUAGAUCACCGAAAAAUAGUUUACCGAGGCCACAUAGUCACUAUGCUAAACUCUCUUAGGGCUUGGCCAAUGGAUUUGUUCUUUAGAGAGAGAAACGAAAAUGGAACAAGGGAAAAAGGAGAUAUUAAAGAAAUUGUGAUGUUAAACAAGAGACCAAAAGGAAUGGAUGAAGAGAAGGUACAAAGCAAUGCCGCUGGGUUGUAUGGUCAAUGUACCACACCAUGACAUUACAGGUGUAUGUAAUAACCCCCUUAGGUGUGGUAUGAAUAUAAUUAACAAUUUAGUUUGUGACUCUUUAUAUUUUGAGAGUAAAAUCCUGCUCUUAAAUAAAAGUCUUUGAAAAAAUACAGUUUAGUUACUUUAUUGUAAUGGUAAUUAAUGUGGCAGUGACAAUAUAAAUGCAGUAUUGUAGACUAGACUUACAAUGGUUGUUUUUAGACUGGUUUAUUGAAUCAUUCAUUCUUUUUCUUUGGUAUAUUUUGUUUCCUUCACGAUUUGAUGGAUUUGAAAAUAACUGAAUCUGAAAGGAAAGAAAUUUUAAGUAAACAUGGAACUAUAUAGUAUAUCUAAUGCCGGUAUUUAGGUCCAGAACCUGCCAAGAGACUCGUUCACCAAGAGCCUUUGCUCCUUGAUACAUUCCAGUCUAUAUCCUGUAAUUUGAGGUUCUUUGCAACAUCCUGGCUGCCCCAGCUAUGUUGCUCUUUGCCUUUCCAUCCAUUCUUUCAUUUAAGGUCGAGACCUAUGGGAGGCUAGCAGUGACUCAGUGGUCCUAUGAUACUGAUUUUCUUUUUAUAUUAAAACUUAUUUUUAUAUUUUAAAAGUAACUGAUCUAGGUGGAGGUCCCUUCCAAGCAUUCCAAAGGUGCUUUUAUUUUUAGAUCAAAGAUUUUACAUUUUGUUAGAGGCCAGCUGGGUUUGAUGCAGUAUUCAUCAGUUUUAACCACAAUGAUCUUUUCUAUGAUGUUUUAAUUUUUUAUAACAAAAAUUCAAAAGAUAACAUGCCUACUCCCCCAAUAUUGAUUGCUGUGCAUGAAGUAGAUUAAUAUAGUACAAAGCCUUUGUAAUAACCUUUGAACAGAUAAGUUCAAAUCGUGAUAGAUAUCAUUGGCUUACAAAAAAAUUCUUUUUAAUUUUACUGUGACCAAAGAAAAUUUACCAAAAUUUGAUCGUUCCAGAUGUAAAAACAAGCUACAAAUACAAUGGUUUUGAUUAGGUUUAGGCUCGUCAGGUAUGUGGUUAUUGUGACACUGGUUUGAAAGUGUUGGAGAAAUAAUAGUCGGAAGUUGUGUAAGUUGUGUUUGGAGAAGCAGUAAAGUUUGGGUUGAUGCGUCACUUUGACGCACUAGGUUUCAAGGCAACGAAAUUCUCCUUUGCUGUUGACCCUCUAGCUUCAAUAGGAAAAGUGUGCCCUUAUUCAAUUCAAAAGAAAUUAUAUUCUGAUAAAAUACAAAUCAUAUGCUUCAGUUUUUGGGAUUGGUUGUGGGAAAUCCCCCAUAAGUGCAUGCUAGAAUGAAUUUGAAGUAUUAUUCUUGUUGCUAUAUGUUCUUGGCUAUAGAAGAAAGCCAGCAUUUUUAGACUUCCGAUAGCCAUUGUUCGCGUAUUGGCUGGCUUCCUGUGGGGGGGUUCAUAUUCAUUGCAUGACCAUCACCUCAACAGAACAGUUAUGCUUUAAUUUUCUUAGUGAUAGUGAUCACUCUUUCUGCUCACUUCCUUUUCUGCAGUUCAUAGCACAAAUGUUCUUAUAGUGCAGCAAAAACAGAGAUAUAACUGAUGCAAUGCGUUGGUAUGUGGCACCGAGACAAACAAGUGUGUAUAUUUACAAGGUAAAAGUCAAAAUGGCACAGAUGAAGUAGUUAUAUUUUUUCAUAUUUUUCCAGAGAGAAGUUGCAUGAAUUUUUUUAUAUAUAUCCUGAAUGGAGACAUUAUUUUUUAUGUGACAUUACAAGAAAGGAACAGUGCUGGCUCACCUUGUGCUAUACAGUUGAUCAAUAAACAUUUGAUCAUGUAAACUGAAAAAGUUUCCUACUUUAAGUCUACUUGGUAACCUCUGACAGCGUUUGCAAUUGCUGCCUGUUUUAAUUUUUCUUGUGAAUCCUACAGCAUGCUGCUCAAAGUUUAAAUUUGUAUGCCUUAAAUGUCCUAAUGUCCUUUAGAAGAUUUGAAAGUAGCUUAUAUGUUUUUGUCUUUUGACUUUUUACAUUCCUAACUUUCCUCUUAUAGCCACUCUUUCUUUUGGUAAAUAUGUAAUAAUUUUCUUUGUUUUUCUGAUUAUCUCUUUUAAUUUCAGUUUCUUUACGGUUCUCUUUCAGUAUGUUAUUUCUUUUUGUAGAAUGUGUUUACAUGGAGGUGUUUUAACAUACUGCAAAUAAUCUAUUGUAGUUGCUCAUUAUCAGUGGGGUCUUUGUGAUUUGUGUCUUCAUACGUAUUGUUUUCAUUUUUAUUACCUGAAUAUCAACUUCCUGUACUGCAGAUUCAGAUUAUAAGUUAAAGUGUUGACUGUGGAAGAAAUGCUAUUUUGAUUAGUUGAAACUUUGUCUGUUGUGGAAAUUUUGAGGGUGUAACUUUAUUUAAAAACUUCAAUGUAAUUGAAGACAUACUAUAAUGUAGUUUCAUUUUUUUUAUUUGACUCAUUAUGUGGUAUUUUAUGGGUAAAAUCAUGAGGUAAAGGUUUUUUAUAGGAUGUCUAAGAUGAACUACUUAAUAACAGUUAAAAUAAUAAUUGUAAGAUAUCUGUAAGUGAUGUACUACUUAAUAAUAAUUGUAAUAAUAAUAUUGUUUGCAGAUUGAAUUUGGAAAGGAUAAAUAUAAGAAUUUGGAUUAUAGUUUUUUGUUUUUCAUAGAUGGUUUGGUGAAGUUUCAUAAAGUUCUUCACCAGAAUUUGCAGGAAUAACCAGGCCUUCAUAAAUAUCAUUAUAGAAUGUGUGAGUGCCAGAAUAAAAGGAAAGUUCCUUAUGCACCAGUUCAGUAGGAAUCUGGUGCAUUUCUCUCAUAAUGAAGAUUUGAAUAGCACAGCUGUGAUAGUUGGUAAUUUUACCAUACUCUGUACUAGUGCCACAGGUUUCUGUGAAAAUGAACUCGUAGUCUUACCUUUGUAGCAGUAGACUGCUAGAAACAUGUUUAUGUUUCAACUUUUGCAAUUGGUGGAAAAGUUUGUUUCAACUUUUGCAAUUGGUGGAAAAGUUUUUGAAGCUUACCGUAAGAUUUCAAUAUUUCUCUGCUAGGUGCUGUUUGGCUACUGGCUGUGGUCCUGAAUGUAAAGAAGUAUUGUUGCAGAUGUUAUGUAAACAAAUUCACAAGAACGUGAUAGCUUUGCAAGAAAGUAUUUUUAUACAGUGUUUUGUAUGUUGAACAUUGUAACAGUAUUGUACAUUAUUGAGGACUGAUUUGUGGAAAUCCACGUCAAGAGUCAAACAGUUAAAUGGGAGAAUUAUUAUUAUAGUCAGAAGUGAACAUGAAAAGUUAAAGGUAGGUGAUUCAAGAAGAUUUUGGCAAGUGAGUUUCAGACGAGCGCAGAGAUUAGUUUAUGCAAAUGCAUAUGUUGAGAGUGAAAUAUCUGAUCAGUUUAGAAACAUUCCAAAUGAUUGACAUGAUUACGAGGUGUAAUAACGAUACAUUUUACAUGCUGUUGUAUAGUAGUCUUCAAGAUUGUUAUCAAUAACAAAAUUGGCAACCUCCUUCAAACAAGUUAGUCUCGAUUUGAACAUUUUUAAUAACUCAGCCUGCAUCUUUGUUUCCUCUUCAGUUUCAUUAGAUUUUUGCUUUUCACACUUCUUGACUUGAUCACAUUUCAUAGUGAUCCUUUUCUGCAAUUGAAUUUGUUCCUGUUCAUGGCACAUGAGAGCCUGCUGGUUAUUUCUCCAUGUUUCUAAUUUUGAACUUAGAGAUUUCUCCUCAUUUUUCAGCUCAUCAAUCUUUUUUCCAUUAGCUGCAUGCCUUUCCUGGCAUUUUAUGAUCUUUUGCUUACAAUUAUGGAUAAGCCCAUGGUCAUAAAUGAUUUUCAGUAAUGAUCCCUCUCGCACUAUUGAACUUUCCGUAAUAGGCUCAUUAUCAUGGCGUGAACGACUACGAUGUAAUUUACCCUUGAAAAAGUGAUACUUUAUCUGGCAAAGCAUCAUAUUCUAUAUUUUCUUAUCUUGCACUAUGUAUACUAUGAAUAUCGUAAGGUUUGUGCAAAUAAGAAAGCACAGCAGUGGUGCAUCUAUUACAUCUGACAUGUAAGUAUCAAAGCCCAACUUCCUUAUUACAUUCAGUGGAAAAGGUGGCCUGUAUGUUGACGAAUCAGUAGGGACUGAAUAUAUAAUAUUUACUUUCAGUUUCAAUCUUUCCUUCAUUGACUUGAAUUUAUUCAUUUCGUCCUUACCUUCGGAAACAAAAGGCUAUUAGAUCAGUGAGGCUGAUGGUACUUCCUUCAAAAUCAGAAAAUGUUGAAUCUCUUAAGUUUAUCAAAAUCCAAAUAGGCAUGUAAAAUGGAGAAGAAAACUUAUUUUCAUUAUCCUGAAGCCAUUUUGCUGCUUUGAAGGCAUCUACAUUCUUCUGUCGCUGAAGUUCAAAUCGCUGUUGUGUCACAUCCUGAGCAGCAUCUACCCGAGCCUGAUAAUUUUCCAUCUGCCUUUUAGCGUCUUGAUUUUCUGCAAUUGAUUCAUCUUUUUCAUUGCAAAUAUCUCAUAGCUUAGUAGACCCAGAAGUAACAUCCUUAGUUAGUGCCUGCAACUUUCUUCGGAUCUCGUCCUCAUCGGUAGCAGGUAAAGAAUCAAGCUGCCUUUCUAAAACAUCCAACUGACUUCUGAAGUUUUCAAGGGCCAUCCUCUGCUGCUGUGCUGCUGCUUUUUUGGCAUUGAAACAAAAAACUAUUGCUUUUAUAUCUUCUCUGAAUUUAUCUAAUUGUGUACAAAGGUCUUUAACCUUUUGAAGGGCUUCAUGAGAUUUUGCAAUCUUCGUAUGAAAUGCCCAUUUCCGGAGUACACUGGAUUCUUUACAUUCUUGUAUCUUUAGCCAUGGAGAAUAGGUUCCAAGGUUCUCUGAGAACUAUGCUUAUACCAGACCUUAAAUAUAUUGGUUUUAACUUUAUACCAAUGAUAUACUUGAUUUUUUUAGAACUACACAAAACUAGAUGUGUGCAGGCACCUCAAGGUUGUCACACCCUGUCAUAUCUCUUAUUUCCUUUAUGCAUUCUUGUGCAUUUCUUUGAAUCUUUUUCAUUUGAUCUUUGCAUCAUUGACAAAAGGAAAGAUUCACUAGAUGAAAGAAGAGAUAAGUUGAUAGAGAUUCUUUGUACUGCUAAUAGAAGUAACUAAAGAUUUCCCGUUUAAGUUUCAGUGAUAGAUAAUGAUAGAAUGCCUUUAGGAUUGUCCAUGACCAAUGCAUUGACUAAUGGUUGAUUCAUGGUGGAGGUUCUCUUGUGUAUGUAAAAUUGAAAUUAUAUUUUGGUUUGAUUUUAAAUGACAAAAUUUUGGUUUCAAUUUAAAUUACUCAUAGCUGAAAUGUACUACAGUUUAUUUGUUCAGCAGGUAAGGGUAGAAUAAUUUCAAGUACCAUAAGAAAAUAAAGAAUUACAGGAAAUAAUACCCAUAAACAGGAUAGUCAGAAGUAUUGGUUAGUUAUAACUACAUACCCCCUUGGAGCUUGCUUCCCUUUGUAUUGCUGCUCAAAUCAAGCUUUAUAGAUACUGUACAUGCCUUAUUACAAUGCUAUAUUGUUAUUGUGAAGCUGAAUUACUAUAGUACUGUUGGGUAUGGUUACAUCAUUAUUAGUUAGAGGGAAGUAGGUUUCUAUUGUGUCUGUGUGUGUGGUGCAGCUAAGAUGAGCUUAGUAUAUUAUGGGAUCCACAUCCCUGUUAAGUUGUUAAGUUUGUUACCAAAAUUAAAUAUAAGGUGAAGUUAGAAAUUUUUUCUGAAGUUUUUUCUUGCAAAUUGGCGUGAGUGUGUUGUUAGUUCCUUUUUUUUUUAUGUAGUAUAACCUUAAGGUCUGGUUAAAUAAAAAUAACUCUUUUAUAACUAACAGCCUUUUGCAAGUGUGCAUUUUGAUUACAUGAAAUGCAUGUUCUUGUCUCUAUGUUUAAUUUACUGUUUCAUUUCUCCUGGAUUUCUUUUAACUUUUAUCAGACCAUUGUACCAUUGAAAAAUACAUUCAGUAAUAAUCUUAUCAUUCCUACUUGUGCAACUGGAUGGUAUUUUUCAUCUUGAUGAUAUUUACUUGUGUACAAAAUAGUCUUUGAAAGCCUUGUGAUGGUUUAAGGUUACAAAUAAUGAGUAUAAAAAUAUAAUAUGAGUUACUUUUGAUCUUCACUUUUAUAGCUAUUUUUAUGUCAUUUCAAGUCUUCAGUGCAACUGUUUAUUGUACUGUUAUGCUUAGCUUUGCUAACUGUUUGUUACAUUUGAUUAGUAAGGUAUGGGUUAGUAAAUUUUUAAUACUUCAUUCUUA